ACGUAAAAUCGAGGAAUGCACCUGUGAGUGUACACUGCUCCAAAACACACUUGUAUACUCCAAACGGUCGUCACAAAACUAUUGUCGUGAGAAGAAUAAAACAGUCGCAAUUUUUUUCAACUAAAAAACAAAAUAAUCAAACAACUUUAAACAAAAAUUGAAAAACAGUGAUUUUUAUAAGGAUACAGUUUUUGAGAGAUAUAAUAAAUAUUUCACUGAGAAUUUAUCACACAAGAAAGGACAAACAUUUUCUGAAACGGAAAAACAAAGCGAAUUGUCAUUAUGCUUUGAAAUGGAGCGUAUAUACAGAGCUGAAGCUUUUAUAACUUUAAAAACAAAUGGCAUUCAAAAUUCCGAUCCUGAUAUUAAUGCAAUAGACGAUGUUAAAUUUGCCAACAAACUUAAAAGUCAUACAACUAAAACAGAAGAAGAGGAAGAAGAAGAAGAGGAAAAUCAACAAGAUGAAAAAUUCAUAAAUAAAUCACUAAAUAUUGAGAAUAUUUCAUUAAAUUCAUUAGACACAAAAACGCACGAAUCAACAGAAUCAUUUAAUACCAGUGACUCGUCAAAGAAAGCAUCAAUUAACAGUUUUAAUGAAUAUCAAGAGGAACCAGAUUUUGAAACCCUCAUUAAAAGUCCCGAACUUCUUGAAAGUUAUUCCACACAAUUAGACAUCAAUGAUACUUCAAGUCCUAUAAUCGGCACAUUUUCCGGUAUUAAAAAAUGUCUCGUCGAUUUUAUGGAAGAGGAGAAAAUGAAAGUUCGAAAAGAAUCCUACACCUCCGAAAUAGAUGCAGAAGAUAUUGUUUUUAAUGAAAGCUUUCAGCAAAUAACGGAAAUUAAAUCACUUUUUCUUUUUAAUGAGAGUGAAGUGAACGAAAAAAUAGUAGAAACCAGUCAAGUUCCACAAAAUGUUGAAGCAAAUGAAGAAAUUGAAGAAAAAAACAAAAAUCAAGUACAAGAAGAAAAUAAAGAAAAGGAACAGAACAUAAUAAAAGAAUACAGAGGAGAAGAAAAUGAAGGUAAAGAAGAAAAAGAAGAAAUUAAAAUAAGAGAUGAAGUUAUACAAGAAAAAACAGAAAAUCAGGAAAAUAAAUUAGAAUUUAAAAAAGAAAUUCUGGAAAUUAACGAAAAUUUUAAAACACCAAAAGUCUUUGAUUUUCACAAACCAAUUUCAAAAUUAGAUCAACCAAUUUAUGACGAGCCUUUUAUUGGAAACUUGCACAAAAAUACAAAAAAUACCAAAAAAUCCAAUUACGAUCAUUCAACACUACCGAAUAUGAAAAUUCAUCGAUUUUCCACCAAACAACCGCGACGAUGUAACAGUUUAAAAUCGAUUGAUGAAGGUGUCGAAUUAAUCGAUCCAAAUUUCGACGAUAUUUGCUAUCAUGGUAACAAAAAUGGUUGUACAGUUGCUGUACAAAAACCAGAGGACGUCAGUCAAGAAGUAUUCAAAGACAAUUGGAUGCAACGUUUAGAAUCUUUACGACAAAAGGAAGCAUUACUCAAAGACAAAGAAAUUGCUCUUCAAAGUCGCGAACGACUUCUCUUUAAAAAAGAAAAAGAACUUCGCAUUCUCGAACGAAUGGUAAAGGAUAAAAUGAAACAGGCGGAAUUAUAUUUAAAACGUUGCAAAAAUUCCCAAAGUCUUGAAAAUGUUUUCGACGAGAAAUUCAUUGACACUAAAUCAUCAUCAGGUUCAGCGGCCUCACGAGUUGGUCAAGUUCUCAAUGUUCCAAAUAAUAGCGGCAAACGUGUGCCAUUUAUGGGCGAAAAUUUUUGGCUUCAAGCACCCGAAUUAAAAUAUGAAUUGUCAAAGGAAAAUUUAAAAAGUUUACCACCAUCGAGAGCGUCGUACGCGACACUUCCAUCAGACGUGAAAUAUGGCAGUAAAUUUAGUGCCUACAGCAGUUUUCGAUGUCGACCAAAACCACGAAUUUCAUACGAUGACUUGGAUUCAACAUUAUCGGCCGAUAUUGGCGAUUCAUCGUUAAUUGUAACAUCAAGAAAAUUUGAUCCAAUUGUCUGUCGAAAACCCGCGGCAUUCACGAGAUCGGCAAGUGAGAGACGACCAAAAAUUGAAAGUAAUAAAAUUAUUUCAAAGGAACAAUAUUUUAUGGACGAUAAUGGAGAAUUUGAGGAGGAUAAAAUUUUCCGUAAAGUGAGUGAUAAUAUUUUCGCCUCACAGGACAAGGAAACGAAAUUUCUUAACUAUGGUGUUAUUGAUGAUGGUAAUAGUGCCAAAAGUAUUGAUCGUAAUUAUGCGAAAUCCGAGGACGAUGAGAAAAAAUCAUUAAAUCUUGAUAAAGCGAAAAACAAGAAUACAAAAGGUUUAAAAACAAGACCCGUGUCAUGGAGUGCCGAGACAGACGAUUGGCUUCAACGGAAACGAGAAGCUUUUAAUUUAACGCACAAAAAAUGUGUCAAUAACUGUGAUAAAGAAAACCACGAAUUAAAACCGAAAACUUCCAAUUAUUCAACAGUGAAGAAAAAGAGUUGGAAGGGAAAAAAAUUCAGUAUUUUUCGAUAAAAAUUCAAGCCUUGGAUUUAAAUUUGUAUACGAAUAGAAUAAGACAAAUUGAAUUAAAUUUUUAAAUUAUAUAAAUCUCCACAUUUUUGUAAAGUUUUAAAUAAAAAAAAUCCUAUUAUUAUUAUUAUUAAAAUCUGAAUUUUACU